AUGUGGCUUGUGUGUUUCUGGUCAUUCUGCAUGUCGUUUAUUUCUUUUUUAGAGUGUAACUGCACAGCUAACCAGACCAUUGCAAUCUCAACCUGUGACCAGAGAUCUGGUCAAUGCCAGUGUCGUGUCAGUGAAGCAGGAGGACUGUACGGUGGUAGACAGUGUGAAGGAUGCGCUAAGCCAUACACCGUCGGUGAGUGGUUUUAUUUUUGGCCUGUUUAUACAGCAACAGCAACUUUCGCUCGGCGCAAGCGUAACGCUUUGAUUACAGAAGGACUGCGAGCAGUGGUGUCUUUUUGUCAGUCGAGUAGUCGGUUUUUUAACGCCCCGAGAGACGUUAACACACCGACUCCGCGACUGAUUAGCCACACGAACGACUUCGUAAAUGCUAAAAGUCAUGCCAGAAAGAAAUGCUGGGUACAUCUACCAGCCAUCUUACUCCCCAAUUGGAUACCUGACGAUUCAUGAUAAGCCUUAGAGUGCUUGUAAACCACUGACAAAGAGUGCCGGCCCAAGAUGUUGCUGUAUUUACACCACUACUGACUCCUUUUUUUACGUGUUUGGAAAUACAUGUCAUACCCGAGACGAAAUAGUUGCUUUUCUUUGUCAGAAAUAAUACGUCGUUGAGUUUACGGUUAACACAGGAAAAUGUUAGAGCCUUCUUUUCCCGUGACAGAGAUAGCCUUACCGUAGGGGUGUUGGUUUGGAUUGCCACCACGAUUGUUGCCUGACAAGUCAGAAGAACAAACAAAGGAAACACUAAUAUUGGAGCCCCAUGUAUAGCCUGCGAAUACGGCCGUCUCUUCUCGCUCCUUGCCGCUAAGGACGUUUCGCUGGGCUACCUUAGGAAGUGAAUUCUCUUAUAGACUCUUUUUGUAUUGAAACGUUAAGAUCUAGAAAAUGGAUUGUUGUUCAAACUUCAUGGGUCGAUUAUUUAAACGAAGUCUAACUUAAGUCGCGGUUUAACAAAUCUUUGGACCUCAAAAUCUCUUCCUAAAUGGGUUAUUUUAAGAAGAUGAAUAUUUUUCUUGUCUACUCUGUAUGCUUUCAUAAAACUGUUCAUAAGAAAUGGUCUUUAGAUAAAACCGUUGGGCAAAUUGAAAAUGGCUUAGAACGCGGUUUUGUUAAACACUGGCUAAACUACGUUUAAAUGACUAGCUUCAUAUAUUUUUACUGGAAUGUCUGUAAAAGAAGGGUAUAUCUUGAAGACUAGAUAAUUAUGUGAUUUUCGGUUUGAUUUUUAGGGAGUCCACCCAGGUGUCAUCCAUGCACAGAGGCUUGUUAUAGGAAUUGGGUAGGGCUGAUCUCUGAUGAGACAGAGAAAGUGAACGAGUUGAAAGGCAAUGUGACAGAGCUGCUAGAGUCAUUUGGCAGCAUGUCUGUGGACGGAAUCAAUAGUACUUUACAAAUGCUAACGGCAAAUGUCACUUACGCAAAUGGAAUUUUCAGCAGCGGGGGAAGGGCUGACUUGGUGAAGAAACGUGAACAGAUUAACCGGGUAAGUACAGUGGAAUCUCUACAUGCGGACACCGCAGAGCUGUAAAUUACAGUCAGCUUACAAUGACGGUCCCCUUAUCGUUCCUAAAGUCGGUGGCGAAUUGUCAAAUACUAAAGAUUAUAAUUUUAUAUCUGAACGUUUGCAUAGUCAGGGCUGUCACAAAAGAUUUCGACUUGCCGGCUAUGGUUACAUGCAAUUAGUAAGCGGCGAAUGGAAGAUUUUCCCUAAGAUUCAUACAGUUUGUACCUCUCAGUACUGACACUUCUGUAAUGCCGGUGGCUGCCUCUGUCCCUUUGAUAUCCUUGAUUAUUAAGGAGGUUCGUUACUUGAGGUAGUAUCAUAGGCGGCCCAAACUUACGUUGCGAAAAGUAAUCUACAUGCCAUAGGUGACGCGUGGCCUUUGUGCUGGGUGCGCCGGUGUCGCGUUACUGGCGACCGUUGAAAAUAAGACUUUGUAUAAGUAAUAAAAUACUAAGAUCUGCGAACGGUAAAUAGAGUUAAAUCUAACUUUUCCUUCAAUGAACCAAUGACUCCACCCAUAAGACGAAGUCAAACGGCAUGCAUAAUGACUGUCUCUCGCUAGCAUGCAAGCAAGCUCUCCAUGUGGGGGAGUCGCGAGAAGUCACGCUAGAGGAGGAGUUUGUUCGCAGGGUAGUCUCUCGCAUUCUGUUUGUUCUUACUGUUUGGGUAUUCUAGACUGUGAGAGACUUGGUGAUUUAAUGGUUUUUUUGCUUAGUAAGAGCGAAUCUUGUCAUGUCAAUGAUAUUUUAACCAGACAAUCAGAACUAAUUUUAAAAAUCUUUUACAGAUUCAAAACUCCGUCAACUCUUUACAACAGCAAUUGAACUCUUCCCAGCAUUCAAUCGAGGACGCGCAAAAGUACCUGGCAGAACACGUGGUAAACUACAACGGAAGCGUGCGUAUUCUUCCAGCCACCCCUCUGUCGUACCCAUCUUUCCCUGUGGUGUGCCCCAGUGGGGGUGGGCUUAGUGUGAUUGUUGACUGGCAGUGUAUUGAAGCCAUGGCACAGAGCUACCGCCAAAGAGCUAUGAAAGCUAACGCCUCGGGAUACGCCAACUACACCAGCAUUCGAAGUAGUUACAGCAUGGUAAGAUGCUCAGAUGCACUAUUCUUGUUUUUACUUAAACUGGGGUGAAGAGAGACUUUUUUUUUAAAUCGCUCAGUCGACGCGAUUGUCUCAGUCGUUGCUCAAAGGGCUCGCACACGGUCUUGAAUUCUUGAAAAAGUCUUGAAAUUUGCGUAGCAAUUUUCCAUACCUAAAGUCUUGAAAAAUGAUAAUAAGUCUAGAGUUUUGUUUUGGAAAGCUGCAACAAUUGCUCUAUAAGGGAAAGUUUUUUAGUUUUAUUGUUUUGGUCAAAUCUAAUUCAACCUUGCUCUUACGUUUGCAGCGCAUCAUGAAAAAAAGUUUGUUCCUGCGUUUUUUAAGGUCUCUAUUGAUCACCUAUUUGAUAACCUUGAGUCUGAAAAAAGAAAUGAUUGUUUUGGAAAAAAGUCUGCAAAAAGUCUUGAAUUUUGGAUCCAGAAAUCUGUACGAACCCUUUGCUCAGAGUUAGGGGUUUUACUUAAAGAAAAACAAAAUGAUUAUUUGACUCAAUUUGAAUUCGCACUCCAGACAGGUGUAUUUCGUGAUUUUUUUGUUGCAAAAUUAAAGUUUAGAUAAAGCGAGAUGAUUAUUGUUGAACACCUUUUGCUUCUUAAAGUUAUUUAACAACAAAGUAUGUUGAGGAAUCCGAAAACAUGAAAGAGUGCAGCUAGAAACAGGCGACGCUGUAUGUCUCUUUUAGCUAUUUAGGCCAUUCAGCCUGACCGAGUGGUCAGCGCGUGGGACUCGCAAUCUGGCUUGGGUUCGAGUCCUGCUCUGGCGACUUGCUGGAUUUGUUCUCGGUUGUGCAGAUUUCAAAUCCUGGGUUGCCUCCUUCCAGUUAGGAUUUUAAUCCUGUUAUAUUAUAUUUGUGAUAGUUGUUUCUAAUUAUUUGAGUGUAGUGCCUGUAAACUAGCCGGAUAAGCUACGUGCACCUUACUAUAAACAAAGCUGUAAUUUUUUCACAUUUGUUCUUUGUCUUUGAAACAGAUUCAGCAAGCAAAUACCACAGCUUAUCUUGCUGCUAAUCAGAUCAGCGAAUCAAUCAACAAACUCGGGCUGGUGUCAGUGUUACGAGAGUCAGUCGAGUCACGUCUCGGUGACAGCUUUCAGAGCAUGUAUCGUAACCAUUCACAAAAGCUGGAAGAGAUCAGUCAAAUCAUUUCAGUUGUACAGGAGUUGGUGUCGCUUGCGCAAGACUUGGGAGAGAAAGCGAACAUGAAUUUGACGCAGGCGAUGGAGAUUGCUUCAGAAGCGAAGAAUGUUUCGGGUCAGCGGAGGCGUGAAACGCAAAGUGCGCGGGACAGCGCUUCAAAUGCUCUCUCUGAUGCGAUGCUGGUGGAGAUGGAAGCAGAGAAUGCCUUGAAUACAGCUACAGAGUUUAAGGUCAGUUUACAUGCCUCAUGAUAAAUAGGGAAUUGAUAGGGAGGAUCUUGCAUAUGCAAUGUCGGACCAGAAUGUUUGGGUUGUUUUUUUUGUGCGCCCCGGCAGAAACCAACUACGCGACUGACAAGCGACGCGAACGACUUCGUAGACGCUAAAAUACAUGCAAAAGAGAAACCUCUGCUCGCAGUAUAGAGCGAAAUGGCCGAAUGAUGAUGGUGAAUGAUAAAUAAAUUGGCCCGCUCGAGAAAAAUCUGUUGAAAGUAAAAAUGAAUUUUAUCCAUAGUCGGAGAAGUUCAAUCAAAAGUUAAAAAAAAUAAUCAUUUAUCGUGGAAAAACAAUCAUUGGCGUAUAACUCCCAUUGGAGAUAUCGUGGAGAACGCAGAGAAAUCCAAAACGAAAAGAAGAAAAUUUAUGAACUGGCAAAAAAGUUGGAGAAAAAUUUGAUACUCCAAAGUGAGUGACAUUUUUAUGAUGCUCAGGGAAAUGUCACGGGAAAAUGAAGUCGGGAGAAUAUAAUUUUGAAUGGACAGUAAUAAUAUAGGUUACACGCUUGUUGCUAUUGCUGACAUCACCUACUGUGUAGUUUUCGUUUUUCAAAACUCUCGUUCAUGUUACUCGAAAGGAUCAUUAUUUUUUUGUGUGUGUUUGUCAGUGCGGUGCUUAUUCGAAAAAAAGGAGGGAAGCGCUCAUUUGAGUAAAUGAAAGUAAUUUGAAAUACGUGCUAAAAACCACUAUAGAAACGAUUGGAACACUGGGCCUUGGAAACUUUCGCAAAGACUUCCGGGACUGUUACUAGGGGCAGGGAAAAUUGGCCAAUAGCUGACCAGUACCUAGUAACGAUCCCAGAAACAAUUGCGGGACGCGAUUUUGUUCCCGUUCCCUCCUCGUUUCUAAAGUGGCGAAUAGGACAUAUCCUAGUCAUUCAAAGACUACCGCAGCAUAUGUCAAUUGAACAUUCUAAUUUCUAGGAGAAUGCCACGAAGGUUCUUAAUUACACGAAAGAAGCCAUUGUUAACGUAACAGAAGACAUCAACACAAUAGCAAGAGUGAAAAACAUGACAACCGAAGCCAUGACGAUUGCAGAUGAAGUUCGAACCAUGACCAUGCCGGUUACACUUCACCAGAUUCAGAACUUAACAGAAGAUAUACUUAACACUAAUGUCAGCCGUGAGAUGGUGAAUCAGACUUUAGAAUCAGCUCAACAGGGGCUCAAGCAAGCCAGACAGGUGGAGGAGUUAUCACAGAAGGCCAUGUAAGUUGGAGAUUUGUUAGAUAAAAAGCCAGUUGUCAAGGUUUUGGCUUUCAGCUUGCUAUUUACUGAUUUUUUGGUGCUGUGUCGUAUAAGUGAGAGUAGACUCAUUUGCAUCGUACACGCAUAUCCGUCACAUUUGCCUGUUAGAUUAUUUUUCCCAUCUAAGAGACACUGACAACGCGAUCGCCACUUUGAAGACUAAAAAAUAACAGUCCGUUCACAGUUUAGUAAUAGCCUGUUGAAAGAAUGGGAAGUGAUUUAAGAAGAGAGGAUUAGACACCGGAUUCAAAGAAACAGCAAACAAUCGAUGAUUGACUAAAAUUUAGUUAAUUGUGAUCUCAUCCCAUUUCGACCUUCAUCUCAUUUUUGUUCUUUCCUUUUUGUUUUAAACAGAACCGUGGCACAACAGACACUCGGCCAAGUGCAGGAUAUAGAGACAGCUAUUAACUCAUCCCAGCAUCUCAGACAGCAAGGACUCACACUACAGCAACAAACUGAUACAAUGAUCAAUAGCAUCAACAAUAUCACUCAGACGGUAAGAGAAUAGCCUCCCACGCAAACCUUCUUAGGGGUUCGUCACGUAUUCCUGCCCGACGAUACUUGGGAGGAUUGCAUGACGAGCCAAAAGAACGUCUGCGUGGGAGGUUAGUAAGAGAAUGAUCUACUUUUUGCUUCCUCCGUUCCUCAUGUCGAGGGUCAGCGUUACUUGGGCACCGAACAGAUAUAUUUUUUAGGCUCUGUUCACACAAUAGAGGAUAGCUUUUUGUGUCGACAUGAAAUGCCACCCACCUUUCCGAUAUGUGACUCUCCACUUUAGAGAUCGGCUCGGCGCAACUUUUAGGGGCAUCCAACGACGGUUUCCUCCUGAACACAUUAAAAACACUUUUUAGACUGUUCAGAGUACUUUUAGGUCUCUAGAAAUGAAUUGUAAGCGGCGCUACAGAAUUUUUAUCUGUUCGGUCAUCCUAGGGAAACUUGAGCUUCGUCGAAAUUACAAGGGCUUCAGUAUUAUUUUUCCGAAAUUUUAGAUGCAAUUUAACGUUUAACGAUAGUGAGAAUUUUUCUGAUUCCUCUCUCCAUCACAUUUUGGAAUCAGAAACUUUUAGGUUUUCUUUUUUCUACCAUAAAAUAGUGUAACCUAGCCUGCGAGCAAGCUCUCCUAUUUGGGCGAGUGAAACGAGUGUAACCUGGGGAGUGAAAUGCGAGAAAUUAAACUUCAGAAUAUCGUGGUGAAUUUAUCAGAUAAGUUUCGAAAAUUGUACGUGAAUCGAACUGUCAUCUAGAAAUUGUUAACCGUCCUCAAGCUAUAGAAAAUUCUAGGCAAUAUUUUCUUCUCCGAACAGAUAUUUUACAGAAAACAGUCGUUGGGUGCCCCUGAGCUAUGCCCCGUUGCAAAAAUUUCGCCGAAAUCACCGUUCUUAUGUGUGAACAGAAUGCCUUUCCGGUAUGGUUUUGUUAAAAAGCUCUUCGGUAUGGUAUGAACAUGACCCUAAACUCCUUACCUUUCUGUAGAGAAAUCAGGCCGACAUUUUGUUAGGCUAAUGCAGUGCCAAGCGUGCAAAACAUUGUGUGAUGCCGGCAACCAAAAGAAUCUGUCGUGCAUUGUGUUUUGACGCCGGCGCCCGCCUUAGGCUACACGUGUAAUUUGAUUUGCAUAAUUGCCAUUAUUUCCAGAGCCAGAAAAUUCAAUUUGUUCUUUUUUCGUUGUCUGUCAGGUUGAAGACCGUUUCUCAGCUUCUUAUUCGUCAGGACAAAGUUUACUCACGAAGAUCAACAAUACUUUGUCUAACAUGGAUGAAAGCCUGAUGUGCUUUGACAAAGCGAAGACUGAUUCACAAAACGCGUCGCGAACCGCUCAGCUUGCUUUCAACAUCUCCGAGACUGCUAAGCAGGUACGUUCGUUAUUCUUUUGACGUUUAUUCGACGUUUUUGCUCGCUUAUCGCUCUCCUAGUAUUACACCGCAAAGAGCACUGAUUGACCUCGCAGAACAGUAGUAUGUGCGAUGCACAAAUCUGACUGUUCAACCAUCUUCAAAGCAGAGACCUCAUGUAUUGCUUUUCUUUUAUCAGACGUUCGACAACAGUAGUGCAUCUCUGCCGCCGGUCGCAUCUUUGGUGAACUCGUCUUAUGAUGCAGCGAAUGCGAGUCUUUCAGAGAUACAACAAACUCACGACGACUCAGAACAGCUUCUACAAGAUGUGGUUGAGGCUGAAGGU